UCAAUUAGAUACAAUUCUCGCCAUUAUUAGCUAGCGUUUGCAAUUCUGUUUCCCGGAUUACCCUCAAGCAACCUACUAUAACCAACCCAACCAUGUCUGCUAUUCUGCUCCGGUCCGGCAAUGUUGCUCGCUCCACCAUCCUUGCCGGUGGACCUUCGAUCGGCGGUCCAAUGACCCUCCGCUCUGCCUAUUCGAGUACUCGUACUUUUUCCAUUUUUACCAAGGCCAAAAUUCAAUCCGGCAAUAUGAACCGUGCUAGUCUAUCACUACGGCCCAGUGUAAGGGAGGCGGAGAAAUCUCAAGGGCCUGUUGUGGGAUCAGAAGGCAAGGGAGUGGAAGGCCCGCACUAUCAAGAUCAAGCUUCGCACAAUGUAUUGUCGGAUGCUUCGACCACCGGCGCUUGGACAAUGUUCAAUCCCAUAUACACCGAGAAGGAACUCAACACUGUUCAGGUCGUGGGAAGAGCCCCCGUUACAUUUGGCGACAAAGCCGCUCACAAGACCGUCAAAUUCCUCCGCAAGUGCUUCGAUUUGCUAACCGGCUACACCCCCUAUGAAGUCCCCGCUUCUGUGCUUGCUCAGAAACCCAUACCCAUCGCCGAGUUACGCUCCAAGGGCAAGCUUUUGUCCGACCAGAAGUGGUUAUUCCGAAUCAUCCUUCUUGAGUCCAUUGCCGGGGUACCUGGUAUGGUUGGCGGAACCUUGAGACAUUUGAGGAGUAUGAGAUUGUUGAAGAGGGAUGGUGGAUGGAUACAUUCAUUGUUGGAGGAGGCCGAGAACGAAAGGAUGCACCUUCUCACAUUCAUGACCAUUGCUCAGCCUGGCAUCUUCACUCGGGCACUCGUUCUAGCCGCUCAAGGCGUCUUCUAUAAUGCUUUCUUCCUCACCUAUCUCAUAUCCCCCAGGAUCGCCCAUCGAUUCGUUGGUGCGCUUGAAGAAGAAGCUGUUCGUACCUACACGCACUGUAUCUCCGAUAUGGAGGCUGGUCUUAUCCCCGAAUGGAAAGAUAUGCCUGCACCUGCGAUUGCUAUCGAUUACUGGAGAUUACCAGCAAGCUCGUCCCUUCUCGAUGUGAUCAGGGCUGUGCGGGCCGAUGAAGCUACCCACAGGUUUGUCAACCACUCUUUGGCCAACUUGGAUCAAAAGAGGGACUUCAAUCCUUUCGCAUUGUCAGAGGCUAGUCCUGAGGAACGUGGCAGCAAGUGGGGCUACACACGAGAAGAAUCUGCCAGAUUUGCUCUGGAACAGCAGCAAAAACUCAUGACUGCCUCUGAAAAAAGUAAGGGGCUCGUUGAAUGAUGCUCAUAAAAAACAAUAAGGUUUUCAGUUAAUACCCAUAUCAUUAUAUACCUUUGUUGUACAUAUCAAUAUGCCCACAAACUGUCCCAUUAUCUUACUAUAGUCGUGUUCCCCUCGUCGUUGCAUCCUCAUGUUCGAAAUUUAAAGCCCCUCUAUUUUCUGCUAGAUAAGUCUGCGGCCAGCGGGAAGCCUCGGAGUCUGGAGCUAGUUUUCCAUGCACUCUUUAACGGGCAUAAAACCUAUCUCCGCCUUAUCUCUCCACCUCCUUCCGCCGUCAUGCAUCUCC